AUGGCCUUUCAGGAACUCCUGGAUCAAGUAGGAGGCCUGGGAAGAUUCCAGAUCCUUCAGAUGGUUUUAAUUGUAAUUGCCCUCGCCCUAGCGUACCCUCAUAUUGUAUUGGAGAACUUCACUGCAGCUGUCCCUGGUCAUCGCUGCUGGGUCCACAUCCUCGACAAUGACACUGUCUCUGGUAAUGACACUGGGAUCCUUAGUCAAGAUGCCCUCCUGAGAAUCUCCAUCCCGUUGGACUCAAAUUUGAGCCCAGAGAAGUGUCGCCGCUUCAUUCAUCCCCAGUGGCAGCUCCUUCACCUGAAUGGGACCUUCUUCAAUGUGAGUGAGCUGGACACAGAGCCCUGUGUGGAUGGCUGGGUGUACAGCCAAAGCUCCUUCCUUUCCACCAUCACAACUGAGUGGGACCUAGUAUGUGAAUCUCAGUCACUGAAUUCAGUAUCUAAAUUCCUAUUCAUGGCUGGAAUGGUGCUGGGAUGCAUCCUAUAUGGCUACUUAACAGACAGGUUUGGGAGGAGGUUGAUGCUCAGAUGGUGUUACCUUCAGCUCGCCACUGCUGACACCUGUGCAGCCUUUGCUCCUACCUUUCUCAUCUAUUGCUCACUACGCUUCUUGGCUGGGAUUUCUGUUCGGACCAUCAUGGCAAAUAGUAUUACUCUCACCAUGGAAUGGACAGUACCCCGAUUUCAAGCCAUGGUAGCAACACUUACAACUGGUAUGUCUUCUAUUGCGCAGAUAAUCCUGGGAGGAUUGGCUUUUGCCAUUCGUGACUGGCACACUCUCCAGCUGGCAGUUUCUGUACCAUUAUUUGCCAUCUUUCUGCUCUCAAGGUGGCUGGCAGAGUCUGCUCGGUGGCUGAUUAUCAACAACGAACCCAACAAGGGCUUAAAGGAACUUAGAAAAGCUGCACACAGGAAUGGAGUAAAGAAUUCUGAAGACACGCUAACCAUGGAGGUUUUGAGAUCCACCAUGAAGGAGGAGCUGAAGGCAGCACAGAAAAAACCUUCUCUGUGUGACUUGUUCUGCACACCCAACCUGUGUAAAAUGAUCUGUAUCCUGUCCUUUGUGAGAUUUGCAAUCUUUAUACCCUUUUUUGGCCUUAACCUCCACCUCCAGCACUUGGGGACCAAUAUUUUCCUGUUCCAGGGUCUCUAUGGAGUAGUUACUCUCCUAACCCACUUCGUUGCAUUUUGGGCACUGAAUCACGUGGGCCGUCGAGUAAGCCAAAUGCUUUUCAUGUUCCUGUUGGGAAUCUGCAUUCUGACCAUCACAUUUGUGCCUCAAGAAAUGCAGACCCUGCGUGUAGCUUUGUCAACUUUUGGAGUAGGAGUUUCUAGUGCAGCAGUCAUCAGUUCUAUCACCCAUGAAAAUGAACUAAUCCCCACUGCAAUCAGGUCACGAGCUUCAGGAAUCACUGGCAUUGCUGGUAAUACUGGGGCAGCCCUGGCUCCCCUCUUGAUGAUGCUCACGGUGUACUCUCCACACCUGCCCUGGAUCAUCUAUGGCGCCUUCUCCAUCCUGGCUGGCCUUGUUGUCCUCCUCCUUCCUGAGACCAGGAAUCAGCCUCUGCCUGACACUUUCCAGGAUGUGGAAAAUGAGAAGAAAAGCUCAAGAAAAGCAAAGCAGGAAGACACUUUCAUCAAAGUGACACAGUUUUAA